AUGCCAGAGCCCAUCUGUCUGAUUGACAGUGAUGAGAAUGGGUGCAUGUGUGUCAGGAGAGAGGCACUGGAGAUUCUGGAGCAGAUCACACAGCCCGUGGUGGUGGUGGCCAUAGUGGGGCUCUACCGCACUGGAAAAUCCUUCCUCAUGAACAGACUGGCUGGAAAAAACAAUGGCUUUGCUCUGGGAGCCACUAUUGAGUCUAAGACCAAAGGCAUCUGGAUGUGGUGUGUACGUCACCCUACUAAAGAAGGACACACUCUAGUGCUGCUGGAUACUGAGGGACUGGGAGAUGUAGACAAGGGUGAUGAGAAACAUGACACUUGGAUAUUCUCCCUGGCCAUUUUACUCAGUAGUUCUCUGGUCUACAACAGCAUGGGGACCAUUAAUAACCAUGCCCUGGAGAAACUGCACUAUGUCACCAAACUGACUGAACACAUCAAAGUGAAGUCAGGAUUGAGAGAAGAUGACCAGUCCACAGAAUUUAUGUCAUUUUUCCCAUCGUUUGUGUGGACGGUUCGAGACUUUACUUUGAAACUUGAACUGGAGGGUCAACCCAUCACUUCUGACCAAUACUUGGACAAGGCUCUGAAGCUCAGGCCGGGGUCAUCCAAGAGGACUGAGCAGUACAACCUGCCCCGUCGCUGUUUGCGUGAGUUCUUUUCUCCUCGGAAAUGUUUUGUGUUUGAGCGUCCAACAACCGAGGAGAAGAUGAGUCAGAUGGAGCAGUUAAAAGAUGCAGACCUAAAGUCUGGUUUUUUGAAAGAGGUGGGAGAUUUCUGCAGCUAUAUCUUUACUAAUGCUCAAGCCAAGACCAUGAGAGAAGGCCUUGAACUUACUGGCAGAAUGUUAGGGACUCUGGCAGAGACAUAUGUUGAGGCAAUCAGCAAUGGGCAGGUGCCCUGUCUGGACAACGCUGUUGAGUCAUUGUCACAGAUUCAGAAUAAACGUGCUGUAAUCGAAGCCCUGGAUUUUUAUAAGAGUGAGAUGAGUCGAAAUGUCCAACUUCCCACAGAAACUCAGGAGGACCUGUCUGAAAUCCAUACAGAUAUACAAAGAGAGGCAGUUAAUAUCUUCAUCAGUGGCUCUUUCAAUGAUGUCGAACAGAGACACCAGAUUGAACUAAUGAGGAGCCUGCAUAGUGUCUAUGAGGAGUACUGUAGAGAUAAUGUGGAGACAUCUCGCAAAAUGUGCAAGUCUGUCAUAUCUCGUGUGUUUUCCACACUGGAGACAGAACUGAGGAAAGGGUCAUACAUGCGGCCUGGGGGCUACACAGAAUACCGCAGUGCCCAGGAGAGAGCAAUUGAGCAGUACAGAUCAGAGAAAGGCCAUGGACUCAUGAGUGAGGAGGUGCUACAAGAGUACCUGAGUGAGAAAGAGGGGAUUGGAUUCAACAUUUUGGCAGCCGACAAGUCCCUCACAGAAUCCCAGCAGGAAAUCGAAAGGUUGCGGUUGAAAGCCGAGGCAGACGAGCAGCAGCGAAUGGCUUUGGAAGAGCAGAAGAGGAGAACAAAACAGCAAGACAAGGAUCAAGAGAGAGCCUAUGAGGAAAACAAGAAACAGCUGCAGGAGAAGAUGAAGAGAAAAACACAGAUUGCCAUGCAGGACCUUGAUCGAGUGCUGAAUGCCAAACUGGAGGAGCAGAGACACUUGAUGGAGAACGGAUUUAAAGACAGAGCUGAAAGAAUGCAGAGAGACAUUGACAACUUGAAAGAGAAGGAGAAAAAAUUGAAAAUGACUUGGUCAUCUCUUAUCAGCACAGCACUAGAAACGAUAGGGACAGCUGCACUGUUUUUUUUACCAGGUCCCGGAAAAUUAGUAGGAUUUGGCCUGUCUGCACUCUCUAAGGUCUUUAAAUGA